AUGCAAGUCUGCGGUUUCUCUGGCCAACGGCAGUGCUUCGACGGAUGUGAAACUUGCAGUCUCUUUGCGCCUCGGAUUAUCAACGGUAUCAACGAAAUCAAGACCAGCGACGGAACCGACCUUCCCCGUGACGAUGCGGACUGGAUGAUAUGCAAUGCGUCUGAUUUCGGCGAGUGUAUCGUCCCGGUCUACGAACAGUGGGAAAGUUAUCUUCCCAUAAACCAGCUACAAAAGGCGUCGGUCUGCAGUACUCCAGUGGGGCGUGGAACCGGCAUGGCUACGGCGGUGCCCUUCACGUUGAUUUUACUGCUUUCGCAGGUCAGCGGUUUCUCUGGCCAACGGCAGUGCUUCGACGGAUGUGAAACUUGCAGUCUCUUUGCGCCUCGGAUUAUCAACGGUAUCAACGAAAUCAAGACCAGCGACGGAACCGACCUUCCCCGUGACGAUGCGGACUGGAUGAUAUGCAAUGCGUCUGAUUUCGGCGAGUGUAUCGUCCCGGUCUACGAACAGUGGGAAAGUUAUCUUCCCAUAAACCAGCUACAAAAGGCGUCGGUCUGCAGUACUCCAGUGGGGCGUGGAACCGGCAUGGCUACGGCGGUGCCCUUCACGUUGAUUUUACUGCUUUCGCAGGUUAGUGAUGCAGAACUCUCUCCUCUUUUCUCAGUUUAUGUUUUGCCGGUUCCACCCCAAACACUGUUUGCUUGCUUAUCAAGAUAUUCGGAACCUGAACGUCGGUCGCGACGUUGCUUUCAUCUGCUAUGGCGUUUCGCUUUCUAUUUUCUGUUACUCCUCUUGUGUGGUGACAUAGAGCUUAACCCGGGUCCCACUACGGCGGAACAAUUGCAGCAGCUCUUGGAUGGCCAAGCGUCCAUACAAGUGAAGCUUGCCUCUAUCGAGACCACACAGGUUGAGAAUAAGGUUGCCAUUGAUGAUCUGGUCAACCGGAUGACGUCAUUAGAAUCCAAGCUAAAUAGACUUGACCAACUGCAUACUGCUAUUAAAGAGUGCAAAACUGAAUGCGAGAACCAAAGGCGUGAGUUUGGGGCAUUGAUGGCAAGGGUAGAUGAUCUCGAGAACCGAAGCCGACGCUGCAACUUAAUCUUCUAUGGUGUCCCUGACGCAGAAGCUCGCGAAUCAAAUGCCGUCUCAGAGAAACGAAUUUCAGAGAUCUGUGAAUCAAGGUUGGGCCUACCGGCUGUGGUAAUGGAACGGGCUCACAGGUUGGGCAAGUUCCAGGAUGGCAAAAACCGUCCACUGAUAGCCAAGUUCACCUCGUUCAAAGAAAAAGAGUUAAUUUUGAGAAAUGCACGGAAAUUGAAGGGAACUCCAUUUAGUAUUUCUGAGGAUUUCUCCCAGGUGGUGCGAACGACAAGGAAACGAUUAUGGGACUUUGCCAAGUCACGAAGAAAGGAUGGCGACAAAGUGAACCUUAGAUAUGACACGUUGCUACUGAAUGGCACAAAGUAUGUCUAUGAUGACGAGACAAAUCAAGUCGUACCGCACAGAUGA